UUGUUGCAAGAGACGCCCCAUGACAUUUCAUUGCGAGACAUCGGGCACGCGACACACCACAACGCAGCUGCUAUACCACCAGCGGAUAGACAGCCGCAGCUAUUUUCCUUUGAAAAGAAAACUCCUGUAAAAUUACAUGACACACCAGCAGUCAGUUGAACGGCACAACUUCGAGUGACAACAUCGUGAAGCGGGAAAAUUCCGAAAAGCCAAACAUAAUCAAGCAAAGCAUAGUUUCGAAUCCCCUUCCGCACCUGAGAAGCUUUUUUAAUGAAAAGCUUCGCCUUCCAUCCGAUGGCCACCUUGGGUGUUUUGAAUUACAAUUUGCCACCAGGAUUAACCAUGAAAGUGAAUAACAACAACAAUAAUCCGACAGGAUCAGCCAUGAAUGGCAAUGGCAACAGCUCUCCGCUGCCAAUGGCGGCCAAUAAGGCCUUUAAUAAAAUCACAGUUCAAAAUGUUUUGAGUGAAAAUAAUUCGAAUGCCCUGAAUAUUGCCCAGGGUAAUCCCAAUGCAAUUGUGAGAAAAAUUAAGGAUUUUGGAAUGAUUGGAACGGUCAAUGGAGCGGGCAGUGUUAACUCCCUGAAUUUGAGUUGUAAUUCACGGAAAAUACCGCUCAGUGAAAACAGCAACAACAACAACAAUGGCAAUGAAGAAAAUAAACCGGCGACACGCAAGGAAAAGAAAACCCCUCUAACAGCCAGCAAAAAACCCAAGUUAAGUAAAGAGGAAAGAACCGCCCUGAGAUUGGCCAAAAAGGCAGCCAAGGAAAAUGCUGCCUUGGCAAAUGGUUCUCCCCUCACACCCACUGGAUUACCCAUUAAAAUUCCCGGUACACCGGGAAGAAAAGGCCUACCACUGCCUCAGGCCGUGGCUCGACGCAAUGCCCGCGAACGUAAUCGUGUUAAGCAGGUUAACAAUGGAUUUGCUGCUCUCCGAGAACGUAUCCCCGAGGAGGUGGCCGAGGCCUUCGAGGCCCAAAGUUCCUGUAAAAAUAACGGCAAAAAGUUAAGUAAAGUAGAAACCUUGCGCAUGGCUGUGGAAUAUAUACGCUCCUUGGAAAGGCUUUUGGGUUUUGAUUUUCCCACCGGAACCGCCUUGCAUUCCACCUCUUCCAGCGGGGAGGAUAGCUUUUCCAUGAUCAAGGAUGAAUUCGAUGCCUAUUCGCCGAGUAUGGAUGACCACUAUGAGGACUCUCUGAGCCAUUAUGAUUCCGAGGAUUAUUUUGCCCAUCAAGCGAAUACUUCCACAGCCGCUUCUCUACCACCCAACUGCAAUAGUCCAACACCAAACACACAAAUGGAUAGCCUACCAAAUAUUACCACCUUGAAUGGUCUGCAAUACAUCAGAAUUCCAGGGACAAAUACCUAUCAAUUAUUGACCCCAGACAUAUUUGUUGGCAAUGCCGCCUCCCCGCCAUCCUCGACCGUUGAUGAGGAACAUUUCCAGGCCUUAAUUGACACUAAUUGCAACAGUCCAACAUCGGCCGGGUCUCCGGCCACAACACCAGCGAAUAUGUCAUCACCGCCAACAACUACAACAACAACAUCGAUGUCAGCGGCACACGUUACAGCUGAUGUCAAUACGUCUUCUUCGCCACGUACAAUUAGCCCAAACACAGGCAUGGUCAGAACGGAAGCAGCACCUGUUGCAACGUCUUCCUUAGCAAAUACGAAGGGGUCAGUGAGUUUGUUAUCGACGGCUUCUUUGCCAUCAUCUUCAAGACUAUCGCCCGUGCCACAGCACCAACAACAACAACAACAGCAGCAGCAACAACAAAUGAAUAACAUGUUAACAACAACCCCCAACACAGCUGGAAGUGCAGUUAAUAAUGAACAUCAACCGCUAUUACAAACGGCAGCACCUGCCAACUCCGCGAGCCAACAACACCACCAACAAGAAAUGCAUGACUUACGGCAAACGUGUGCCGUUAACCCGCCACAAGUCUUGGAGACACACCUAAUUAAACAGGAAUAUGAAGAGCCAGCAAUUAUCUAUUCAAAUCAACAGAGAUCUCCUCAAAUGCAACAUCAGCAAAACCAACAACUUUAUAUGCCAGCACCAUCCCACUCCAUGGCCAUGUCACCGCCACUGGACAGACAAACACCCAAUUCCAUGGCAUUACCGCAAUUCUUUGGCCACACCAACAACAACGCAUCAAAUCAAAAUAAUUUCUAUCCCAGCCUCAUGCAAUUGAAAAAAGAAUUCGACGAGGAUCUCUUGGAUGUGGCUCACAAUGCCAAUGUCAUGUCCGAUGAGAGCAUGAUCGAAAGCAUUGAUUGGUGGGAGGCCCACACACCCAAAUCGGAAGUAUUGUAAAUUUUUUCUUUUUUUUUUUU